AUGGUUUCUGAUAUGCGAAAAACAACUCGUUUGAUAAGUCAACGAAUAGGGCAAGAUGGAAUAGUUAUUCCAGGACCUGCUUUAUUAUUAGACGAUUAUAGAAAAUUAACUCUUGAUGAUUUGCGCUUUUUGUUAAAAGAACCAUUUGAUAUAGAGGAGGAAAAAAAAGCUGUAAAAAUGAUGAAUGAUGCGCUUAAGGAUCUAACAUCGCGUGGCAUAAAUCACACUAUAAUAAUGUAA